CAAUUUAUACUAGAAGAACAGAAUAAAGCUUAAUUUCUUCCUCCUUAUCAGUUUCAUAUUGAGUUAGCAACUCCCAGUGUGAUUAAUGAGUUUCUUUAAAAAAAAAUACCAUUUUGAACUCUUUAGAUUUUAAUAUGGUUUGAUGUGUUUCAAUCCACUCUAAUUUUUUCCUCCCCAGAUCUUCAGUAUUUUUCAUCUUAAACUAGUGGAGCUCUCAGAACUUGGCUCCUGUGUCCUUUUGAUGUGAUCUUGUCUUUGAUAACAUCUUUGUCUCUGGCCUAAGGUAUUCAAGGUUUAUCUUGCACAUUUCCUGCUCCAAACCUGAACCAGCUAUUUUCCCUCUCUGCCUUUUCUAUAGGAAACCAUCCAGUGCCUCCUACCUUCACCAGGGAGGAUCUCAGAAUGUUUCUGUUUCUAUGACACACCAAUUCUACAGUUAAAGAUUCUAAAGAUGAAUAAGAAAGAACUCUAAUCUUUGAUGUGACAUUACUUUCUUCAUUUUCUACUUCUCUUCAAAGAUCAUGACUGAGAGAUUGUUAAUAAGAGCAAUAAAGGGUCAUGGACAAACUCAGAUCGUUACUUUGAAUGGGAAAAAAAUAAGAAAGAUGCCCUCAACUUUAGAACUACUGCCUGACCUGAAGAAUCUAUGUCUUCAAAAUAACCUAAUCUCCAAAGUGUGCCCGGAGAUAAGCACCUUGACCCAGUUGAAAAUACUAAAUCUAGGAAACAACCUUUUAGAAGAAGUCCCAGAAGAGAUGAAAUACCUUACCUCCUUGAAGAAGCUUCAUUUAUUUGGAAAUAAGAUUUGUAGAUUUGCAUCUGGAGCAUGUGAUGGCUUACAAAAUUUGAUCCUGCUUAAUCUGAACAGAAAUCAGCUUACGUGGCUUCCUCAAGAAGUUAGCAAAUUAAAAAGCCUUACACAUCUGAGUUUAAAUUGCAAUAAGCUAGUCAGCAUUCCCACAGAACUUUGUCUCCUUAAGAAUCUUCGUGAACUUCAACUUAACUACAAUGAACUCAGUUGCAUACCUGAAGAGAUUAAGUUCUUGAAGAAGCUCCAGAAGUUUCUUCUGGUCAGGAACUACAUUGAGGUUUUGCCAGAGGGGAUUUGUCAUCUUAAAAAUCUAAGGAUUCUAGACAUAGCUGGAAAUACUAUUCAGAUAUUUCCACCAGGAUUUCAGAAUCUGAAGCUGAAGGAAUUCUACUGUGAGGAAAACCCACUUUUCGUGAAGCGGCCAGCCAUUGCUCUGCAACAAGAGGACAUCUGGAGUUUACAGGAAAUAACAUCAAGAUAUGUCAUGAAUCAGCUAGCAAAAAAGCAUCCUUUCCUAAUGUGUGCUAUUGAACAGUAUCCAGAGGUCAGGAACUUAAUCUCUCAGGGAAAAAAAUGUCCAAUAUGUGGAAAAUAUUUUUUAUCCAUAUGGCUGGAAUGUGUUCGGUUCAUUCCUCCACCAAAGAACUGGAAGAUAAGCAGAAAUCUACAGCUGGUACCUGUCCAGGUAUUAAUUUGUUCUUACAAAUGUUUAAAUCGGCGUGACCCUAACCUCUUUGGAAUUGCUCAUAUGUAGAGCAGGUGAGACGCUCUUUCAGAGCCUCGCUAGACAGCUCUAUCAGCUCUGCACACUGGUGUUAAUGCCUACCUAGGAUGCAUCUGGUCUCUUUAUCAAUAUAUUAAUCAAAGGAAGACAAAUAAUUCAAUUACAAAGAUCUCAAUUUAAGUAUUAUACUUUUAGAUUGUUUACCUUCUUAGGUGUGCUAUUUUUUUUUCUCUUGGGCUCAAAAAAAUAAAACGAAUGAAUAAAAAAUGGAAAAGA